GUUACCAAAUCUCCGUCGUGCGCAGUCUCUCUCUCACUCCGGGGGACGCCAAAACCCAAAACACUUUGACUUCUCGAGUUCCUGUCCGAUUCCAUAUUUUCCCCGCUAAACCCAAAUGGGUUGGCCUCAGAUUCCCCAAAGCGCGCUGGCUCCGAGCUGCUAAGCCGGUAGAUUUUGGCCUCAAGGAGGAGAAGAGUAGGGGAAAAAGUACAUGGCUGUUGCUGUGGGGCCUUCGGCCUCCUUCGCCUCGCCUUCCAUCUGUUCCUGUUCUGCUUCCUUUCACAAGAAUCUAAAGGAACAUUUCUUUUUUGACGUCCUUCAGUUGGCAUCAUGUAGAUAUUCUGACGGGAAAGAAUAUGGGAUGCUGAAGCUAAGUAACGUUGAAGGCCAGAUUGUACAAAAAUCUGCUAAGUCAAGGAAAGGGUUUCUAGUAAGGCAAUCGAUGUUUUCUGCUACUUCUGAGGGACAACCAUUGUUCACUAAGCUCAAUUUGUUUACUUCAGAGUCAGAAGUGUUGCAGUUUGUUUCCAAAGAUGACUCUUUAAGAAGCAAUCCAUCUCAGCUUACUGAAAGAACUGCAGGAAAACCAGGGUUUGCCUCUUUCCUUGGUUUUCCUUACCAAAGCAAGGAAGGAACUUUUGGAUCUAGUCCAAGCAAGGAAACAUCCAAAUUUUUCUGGUUUAUUGGUCCAACUGUCUUGGUAGCCUUCUGGAUUUUUCUGUCACUUUACUUACGGAAAAUACUUUCUACCAUAUUUGAGGCCUCUCUACUAACAGAUUUUCUUAUAUUGUUCUUUACAGAAGCUCUUUUCUAUUGUGGAGUUGCAAUUUUUGUUCUGCUAGUGGAUCUUGUCUGGAGACCUGUGCAGACACCUAGAAAUAAUUAUUGGUUAAAAACCCAGUAUGGUUCUCGCGUCUCAUCUGUUGCAACUUUGGUACUGAGCCUGAUAAUUCCUCUUGUAACAAUGGGCAUGGUUUGGCCAUGUACUGGGCCAGCCGCUUCAACUACUCUGGCACCAUAUCUGGUAGGACUUAUUGUACAGUUCGUGUUUGAGCGGUGUGCGUGUUAUCAAAAGUCACCUGCUUGGCCAGUCAUGCCUGUUGUCUUUCAGGUAUAUAGACUGCAUCAAUUGAAUAGAGCAGCUCAGUUGGUGACAGCACUCUCCUUUUCAGUGAGGGGAGCUGAGACAACAUCGCAAACAUUGGCCAUAAAUAAUUCUUUGGGGAUUCUACUAAUCGUUCUCCAAAUCUUUGGAGUCAUCUGCAUCUGGUCACUCUCGAGCUUCCUCAUGAGGUUCCUUCCUUUUUCACAAGCUAUACCUGAGUCCUGAUCUCACCAUAAUGUUCAUGAUCUCUUGUGACAGUAGGGAUUGCAUUUUGUCCUGGGCAUUUGUUUGCAAUACAAAAGGGUUAUCUUGCAUUUUGGCUUGCAUAUGAUACAAAAUUUCUAUUUAAUACGCAUGGAAGCAGAGGGUUAUAUCAAUAGCAACACCAGACGCAUUGCUUUAAAUGUAGAGAGGAAGUUUUAACUGCAAAUCCACUAUUUAUUUUCUUACAAUGCCGUUGUCGAUCAUUGAUAAAAUCUUAAGGUCUUGAAAUAUAUGGAGAGGUGAACUUCGGGAGAAGAGGAGGCCUAAAAAUGAUGGCUGACUGGAUCAUGCAACCAUUCUCGUGUUUCUUUCGUUUUCCUUUGGGGUGGAACGUGCUGUAAGCUUUCUUUAACAUGUCAUAAUUCAAAGCCAAACUAGUGGUUUUUGUCUUAUAUUUUUG